AUGGCAGCAAGACUUUCCACUUGUCUUUUAGCAGCCCUUGCGUCCAAUCACUCUGUUGUUGUCACACCAAGCUCACCUAACUACAAUAGUAGUCUGACUAUCUACAACUUGAAUAUACCAAUUUUACUGGCAGCUGUGACCUAUCCAAGCACUACUGAAGAGGUUGCAGGAGUUGUAAAAUGUGCUGCUGAAGGGAAUUAUAAGGUACAAGCGAAAGGUGGUGGCCACAGCUACGGGAACUAUGGCUGGGGAGGAGAAAGUGGAGAAGUUGUGGUCAAUCUUGCCAAUUUGAAUGGGUAUUCCUACGACAACUCAACAGGUUAUGCCACUGUCGGUGCCGGUUCUCGACUAGGCAGUGUCACAACCUCCCUAUACAACUUGGGGAAAUGUGCUGUGGCUCAUGGUUCAUACCCCGAUGUUGGUAUUGGAGGUCAUGCUACUAUUGGUGGUCUAGAUAUGGUGGCUAUAUGGGCUAAUGAGGCCGCAGCAGCCGAGAGACCGGCAUAUUUCUAUGCCAAGUCACUCGAUGUCAUGCCAAAUGCAUUACUGUUGAAUGAAACAAUUGACUCAAUGUUCGAGCAUCUCACUGCAACGCCUGACGAUGUGUUAACUUAUCAGCUAGAAGGCCAAUUGGUCUCUGGGGCCAUGGCUGCAGUCGCUAGUAAUGCUAUGGCUUUCCCUCAUUGUGACGUCCUAUACUGGAUCUUCGCCUACGCCGUUACUAAUGGCACUGUCUCGAAAACCACUAUUGAUUUCCUGGAUGACUUCAAUGAUGUUAUCUACUCUGCCUUUCCAAACGAGAAUUUUUUAUGCAUAUGCAGGCUACGUGGACCCUCUACUUUUGAAUGGACCCGAACUUUACUAGGCCGACAACCUUCCGCGUUUGGAAUAAAUCAAAACGAUUUAUGA